CCUUGGAAUAUCGUCCAUGCUCCUCAUGUUCGUACUUCAUAUAAAUAAAUUCAAGAAGUCAAGAAACGACCCAUAAUUUGCUGAUCCCAUCUUGUCUUUUCAUUUGAAAUCAAGAAAAUCCAAGAUAAGAAAAUGCUGGCGGUGUUUGAUAAGACGGUGGCCAAGAGCCCCGAGGCUCUGCAGAGCUCACAUAUUGCAAAAUCGGCGUUUGCACUCAAAGAUGGAUCCUUGGCUAGCCAUUUCUCGUCCCUGCACCCUGGCUCUGUCAUUAUUAAUCUUGGUUCAUCUGGUUUCAUGUCAUACUCUUCUGAUAAGCAAAACCCUCUUCUUCCGAGACUGUUCGCUGUUGUGGACGACAUAUUCUGCUUGUUUGAAGGCCACAUCGAGAAUGUUGCGCAUCUUAAGCAGCAGUAUGGAUUAAACAAGACAGCAAAUGAAGUGAUAAUUGUUAUUGAGGCUUACAGGACUUUAAGGGACAGAGGUCCUUAUCCCGCUGAUCAAGUUGUAAGAGAUAUUCAAGGGAAGUUUGCAUUCAUUCUCUAUGACAGCUCAUCAAAGGCCACAUUUAUUGCAGCUGAUGCUGAUGGCAGUGUACCAUUUUUCUGGGGAACUGAUUCCGAAGGUCAUCUCGUGCUCUCUGAUGAUGGAGAAGUUGUGAAGCAAGGCUGCGGAAAAUCUUUUGCUCCAUUCCCCAAAGGAUGCUUCUUCACGUCAUCUGGAGGUCUACGGAGUUAUGAGCAUCCCAUUAAUGAGUUGAAGGCAGUGCCGAGAGUGGACAGUUCAGGCGAAGUGUGCGGUGCAACCUUUAAGGUGGACUCAGAGUCGAAAAAAGGAAAAACUGGCAUGCCUAGAGUUGGAAGUGACGCAAACUGGUCUCAACAUAUAUGAUAUAACUAUGAAUAAUUGUUUCUUGCCAUUGUAUUUCAAAGUCACUCCUCUACGUGUAGUUAGGCCAUUUUAGGCCUGGAAAUACAAAAUAACUUAAUAACAUAUGGGGUGGCCUCUGUUAGAUGUAUUAACUCUCUGUUAUAUGCUUUGUUCUUGCAUUUUCGUAACUUAUUAUGAGGUGAAUAAACUAAAUUAACACUCUUUGAAUACUGUU